UAGCUCGCUCCGUCUCUCCGUCCGUGUGUAAAAUGGCACAGAGCAGCCUCCUCCGUCUCCUCCGUCUCCGGCGACUACCCGGACCUGGCCGGGCUCUAUUGCGUUUCCAUUGUGCCCUUACAACCAAAACCUUUUCUUCUUUCUCCUCCGCCCAAUCCGCCGCCGCAGCCACACCCUCCUCGGACCACCCAAGGCCCACUUCCCUCUCAGCUCGCAUGAGCUUCGUCUUCGACCAAAUCGACGUCAUUGAGAAAGAACGCGCUCAAAAGGACGAAACCCUCCAGCGCAUCCGUGCCUGGCGCGAAUCCAAGCUCCAACCCAAACCCGACCCGCCUGAGGUUCCCCCAGUGCCGGAGUCUGCGACCCGGAGUGGACCGGCCGUGGCCUCGUCGGAGGAGAGAGUGGGGUUGUUGAAUAGGGAGGUGGAGUUGGUGCAUCCGUGGCCGGAGUGGAUCGAGCUGAUGGAGAGGCUGGUGCAGCAGAACUAUUUCGAUCACCGGAGGAAGGACGAGGAGAAGAUGGUGCAGGAUUUAGGGUUCCAGAUGGAGGAGGUUGCCGAGGAAGGCGUCGAUUUCACCCGCGAUUGGAAGACCGUUCAGACCGCCUGCCUCAACUUCGGCCGCGACCGAUUCGAUAUCUUGAGGUCAUUGUCGAGACAGGAUAUUCAAAUUUUGGUCGGUUAUGGGUGCCCUAGUGUGGAUAAGAAGGUGGUUUUUUCUGCAAAGUUAUUGAGGAAACACACCCACCUAGAUGAAGGAGAUGUUUGUAGUUCCUGCAGUUUGAGGAACUCCUGUGAAAAAGCAUAUCUUUUAACUAAUAAAGAGGAUGAGGCACGAACUAUUGAUGUUAUGCGCACCCUAUUGACAUAUGGCUUUGACCCUGUGAAUGGAUCGGUUGUUAACGAGUCCCUUCUGAAAAGAAAAUCAGUGAAGACUGUUGUCCGCAAACUUCUGCAUGAGAUUGUCAAGUUGAGUGCAGUUCCUAUAGAUCCAAAUCUUCCUCCUCCUGUUAUCAAGAAGCCUCCACCAAAGGUGAAGCAACCACCACCACCUCCAAAGAAACGAGUUGGUCGUGAUGACAUUGAGAUGAAAAAGGGUGAUUGGCUAUGUCCUAAGUGUGAUUUCAUGAAUUUUGCCAAGAAUGUCGUGUGCCUGCAGUGUGAUGCCAACCGUCCCAAGAGACAGCUGCUUCCAGGAGAAUGGGAAUGCCCACAGUGCAAUUUCUUGAAUUACAGGAGAAAUGUGGUAUGUUUUCAUUGUGAACACAAGCGUCCACCAGAUGAAUAUAUGGAGAAUCAAUUGCAAGACAGGCAACGUGGUCCCAGAAGGAACCCAGAGAAGAUUGCCAGCAGAGCAGAGGUUUCUAAUGCAUGGAAUUUUGAUUUUGACGACGACGAAUCUGAUGGGGCAGAUGUUGCUGCUUUUGAGCAUGCAGAUUCUCAUAAGCUAGAUGAAGAUUUUCCCAUACAUGGUCAGAUUCAGGGAGAGAAUUUUAAGGGGUCUGAAGAAGAUUCCUUUAUGCCUAGCAGAACUCCCAAGGCAAAUGGAAAUAAGAAACCUGGGAGAGGGUUUGAUGAUUUUGAUGAUGAAGAAGAUGAUGAUGAUGUAGACAGUUACGAGGUGGACACUCAAUAUAAUAAGCAGACACAUAAGAUUUCUUCUGUUGAUUUCUCUGAGAUUGAAGGUCACUCAGAAUCUGAGGAUGCUGAAGGCUUUGAUGAGGAUAAGUCUGCUCCUCGCCGGUCCAGUUCAUGGUCACAGAGUAAGCCCUCCAAGAUGAGGCACAAAAAGUCGGUUUUCUCUGGUUCUGAGGUGGAUGAACAAGAUUUUGAUUCAGCUGAUGAACUUCAUCCAGUUCAUUCCAAAUGGAGACCGAGUCAUCUUGCUGCUGAUUCCAGACAAAGAACUAGAGGUAAGAGAGCAAUGAGCUAUGGCUCAGAUGAAGACUAUGGGCUGGGGGGUGAUGAUUUUGUGGAUUCAGAUUCUGGAUCAAGGCGUAAUAAUGGGAAUAAUCGGGAUUCUAGGAAGAGGCGAAUGCCUGCAAGUGACCUCUUUUCUGGGCUGGAAUCUGACGAGGAAGAUCAACCUCCUCCUGCAAGAGAUAGAUGGAGGAGGGGGGGCAGUAACGCAGGGCCAAGUAAAAGGGGCAGCCGCAGUAAGUUCUCUAAUCGUGAUGGUUUUAAUGGAUCAUCAUCACGUAGAGGAGGUGGGCUUGAGCGUAGAAUGAAUAACAGGGAUAGCGAUUCAUGGAAUUCCAGAGGCCAUAGAGGCAGAGAAUUCAGGCGAAGAGGAGGGUCAGAGAUGGACAGGCAUUUUGAUGGUGGUGAUGAUAGAUAUACAAGGCCGCGUGUAAAUGUACGAUAAGAUGGGGAAUGCCAGUAUCUAUGACUAGUUGUCGUCUUGGUUUUGGUUCUUGUUUAUUACUGGUUCAUCAAUCUAUUAAUAGAUGAAAUGGUUUUGGUUAACUUGAAAGAAUAUGUGGCCUGCUUGUAAGAACACGCGAAAACAAUUGUCCAGUGCUAUUCCGAUCUGAUGAUGCAUUAUUGGCUGCAAAUUUGCUGUUUGAACUA